UUUUUCAGAUGGAUGGAUGGAUGGAUGCUUUACAUAUUGUAGUAGCACUUGUUGAAACUGUAGUUGUUGUUGUUUGGGGACUCAAUAUCAUAUAGGAAUAAUGUCAGAUUACGAGGAUAAUGCCUUUAACGAAGGAGUUGAAAACUAUGACGAUUUUGAUCAACCAGAACAUUUCAGUGAAGAAGAAUUUAAUGAACCAGGUAAUGAUGAAGAAUUAAAUGGAGGUGAUUAUGGUCAAACUACCGAUGGAAGAACCAUUAUAAAUGGUGGUGAUGGUAAUGUAGUUGUACCUUCUACAAAGGUUACAUCUAGACAACUUGCUAUACCUAAGGAUAAAAGAUCAACUACACCAUAUAUGACUAAAUAUGAAAGAGCUAGAGUAUUAGGUACUAGAGCCUUACAAAUUUCAUUAAAUGCUCCAGUAUUAGUUGAUAUUGAAGGUGAAACUGAUCCUUUACAAAUAGCCAUGAAAGAAUUGGCUCAAAGAAAGAUUCCAUUAGUUAUAAGAAGAUAUUUACCUGAUGGAUCUUAUGAAGACUGGGGCUGUGAUGAAUUAAUUGUUGAUCAUUAAGCUGAAUAAUCAUAUGCUUAUAAGCCAAGACAGUUCAAAGUCAACAUGAAAAGUUAAGUUAUUCGGGUUUGAAUCACUUUCUUCUCGAUCAUUUCUGCAUUAUGUAUAUUUCUACUUCCAAUAUUUUGUAUAAUACUAAAAACC